AUAUGUGUUUAGCCAGGAUAUAGUGAAAAAUCGCGAGGCCAACUGGUCCAGCAGACUGACGAAGAAAAUCGAUAUGUAUAAUCCAGGAUCUAGACCAAUCCAUGAAGAACCCAUGAAGACAAAGAGUGGUAAGAACAAACGCAAGUAUCCAAGGUUAACUCACGCCGUUGUCAAAGAAGCCAAAGUGAAACCGUUGGCAGAAAUUACAAUGGAAUUGAAUAAGGUCAUGAAAGAUACCGUUACAAAACAAGUACUAAAAGAGUCUACACAUAAACCUAAAUUAGUUAACCAGAAAGGCAAAAGAGCAAGGACAACCCAGAAACAUGAACAGAUUGUGCCAGUAGACAAUUUGAACAUCAUUAACCCUGCUGCAACCGCAGAAAAAGAGAGGCAACGGGCUUGGGACCGUAAAAUGAGAAGAAUCGAAAAGUUUCUACUAG